GGACUUUCAUAUGUACCUCCCUUGACCUGAAGAGGUCAUAAUUGAGUGGAACAUUCAGAAACCUUAAGUUUUUCUACACUUCGGCAGCACCACAUUAUUUUCUUCAGGCUAACACGUGCACUGCUCCAGUAUGAAGAAACAGGCAAGAUUCCUGUUCUGCUGGCUUUGUCUUCAGGUGAUCUUUGCCUCUGUGUUUUCUGAAGACUGGGGGGCGGCUGUUGUGCCCAGUAUGAAUGCACUGGUCACAUCUUGUGUUGUGGUACCCUGCACAUUCAAGUACCCUGGUACAGAACUUCCAGACUCACGUAUAAGGGAAAUCUGGCAUGAGAAAGCUGAUUGGAAAAAAAUAAUCUAUCAGGAAGAUAAAACAGAGAUUGUAGACAGCUUCAAGGGUCGCACAAAACUACUUGGCAGAUUGGGUAAUAAAAACUGCACUUUAGAGAUUGACGAAAUUAAAGACUAUGACAACGGCCCGUUCUGCUUCAGGGCUGAAAUCCCAGGUCAAGAUAAAAGUAAGUUUUCCUUUGUGGAAAACUGUGUGUCCUUGUCCAUGAUGCCGGACCCAGACGAUCCAACGCUGGAUCAUAAGGAGGUCUUGGAAGAUGGAGUUCCUACCACUUUUAAGUGUUUUGUAGUACACACCUGUCCUAGCCACCCUCCCACCCUCACGUGGAGCCGUGCUAAUAAGGAUGCUACUACAAAAAACAGGCACCUUUCUAAUGGAGUGUGGGAAAUAGAGUCCUUGCUGACUUUAACCCCAACAGAGCAGGAUGAUCACACUCAACUCAACUGCACUGCUUCUUUUCAUGGUGGCAAGAAAUCUUUAACCAGUAACCGUAUAUAUGUGAAACGUAAGUAAAGUUAUGCCUAUAGGACAUAGAUAUCCUAUUCUGUGUCUAAAAUGUUAGAAAUGCUUUCAAAUCAAAAUGCUGAGGCAUGAAUGUAAUAUAAACUGAUACCUAGGUUAUUAAUAGUAUAGAAAGGCGGGGCUCCGAGUGGACCAAUGGUUCGAAUCCCGUUCAUGGAGCUUGCUAUCAGUAGCUGGAGCCCUGAGAGAGCACAAUUGGCUUAGCUCUGUUUGGGUGGGUACAUGGCACUCUCUCACUCUCUCACACUUGCUCAGCACAAGGCGUGAUGCUACUCGGCAAUGCUGCAUCAGCAGCAGUUCAAAAAGAGAUGGAGUCUGACUUCACAUGUAUCGGAGGAGGCAUGUGCUAGUCUUCACCCUCCUGGUGUUGGUGCAUCACUAGUAGGGGGAGUCUUAAUGAGUGGGUUGGGUAAUUAGCCUUGGGGAGAAAAUGGGAUUCAAAUGUAAAGGAAUAGUAUAGAAAAUAUUCUUCAAGAUUUUAAUUGUGUUAUUUGAUAACAGUUUGAUUUGCUGGUUUUAUAUAUGGCUUAUGCAAAACCGUAUAGACAUUUUCCCUAAGUCUGUCUUCCGAUUACUCCAAAAUGCUAAAGUAAAAUUACUUGUAACAUACAUUCAUACAUUAAAUACGUGAGAAUGAGAUUGUUAUGAAUUUAGUGGUGUGAUAUAAUAACCCUUUGAUUUUCAUGUUGUACUUGAAACUUACAUAAGGAGUACUUUUACAGGUGUUCUUCAACAUUUCUUCCUUUGAAUUUCUAAUUUAAUAGGAGUCCUCGUUUGUAGACAACCACAUUUUUUUCUUUUUUCUCUUUGCCAUCUCACUCUACUCAUACUCUAAAUUCCUGCAGUAAUAUACUUUAAAUUACACAUCAAUAAUACUAGGGAAAUUGUUUUUUUUUUUUACAUUAGUGGUUUCAUUUGACAACACCUUGACCUUUAAAGGUCUGCAUUUCCAAAAUGUUACACACUCCUACAGAUAAGUGGUUGUCUUGCUGGUGUAUAU